AUGUCCUUCAACUUCAGGCUCUCACAGCUCGAUCCGUUGCCACAGAUCGAAGGUGUACAGUAUGGCAAUACCAUAGGACAAGGUUCGUUUGCGAUUGUGAAAUCCGCCACUAUGAAAGGGCAGGUGUUUGCCAUCAAGUUCAUACAUAGAGAGAUAAGCCAUAAGCACGGUCUUUCAGAUGAUGAUAUCGGCAGAGAGGUCCUAUUACACAGGCAGUGCUCUGGACACCCCAAUGUGAUAUCAGUGCUACAUUUCGGUACUGAUUCGAAUUGGCUGUUUGUCGCCAUGGAGCUUGCAAGUGGUGGUGAUCUGUUCGACAAGAUCGAGCCGGAUAUCGGGGUCGACGAGCAAGUGGCUCACUUCUUCUUCAAACAGAUGAUCAACGCCGUGGAGUUCUGCCAUCAGAAGGGCGUGGCGCAUAGAGAUAUCAAACCAGAAAACAUCUUACUGGACGAGCAUGGCAAUUUGAAGCUCGCAGAUUUUGGAUUGGCAGCUGUCUUCAAGAGAAAAGAUGGGUCAAGGAGAUCAUGUUCGACCCCAUGUGGCUCGCCACCGUAUAUGGCACCUGAGAUUGUCUCAGGGAAAUACGAUCCUGCCCUCACAGAUAUAUGGUCAUGUGGUGUCGUACUGUUUGUGAUGCUCACUGGUGAGACUCCAUGGGACGAGCCCACUAAGAACGAUUAUCUGUUUUACGACUUCUUGAAGAAUGAUGGUAAGGUGAACCAUUCUCCCUGGAACAGGUUUAGUCCUCUGAUAUUAUCACUGUUGAGAAUGAUGCUGAAACUUCAAGUCGAUAAGCGAAGCUCCAUGGAUAAGAUACGUGCACAUCCAUGGGUCAAUAGAGACAACAACUUUUCAACACCAGAUGGAAUGUGUAAAGAUACGUAUUUGCUCACUUCGAAACUAUUUGAGAAGUUGCAUAUUGGAUUGGGUGAUGAUGAACACAAGCUUGCCAGUUCUAACGAUAAAUAUGGUUCUUUGGAAAGCCAAUUUACAGCUUCUCAGCCUGUCGCUGAUAUUGCAGCAAUGCUGGACGACCAAGAGUCCUUCCACUUACCAGCUACACAGCAAGAGUUUACAGAGUAUGACCGUGAGGUGAUGAAGAACUCCCUAACCACUGAGAGGGAGAGUAUCUUCAACGUCAUAUCAAAGGACCCGGCAAUGCUGCAAUUUGCCAGCGACAAGACCAAACUGGAGAAGUCUGCUUUGGUUCUACACAAUGCUGAGAGACUAACACGUUUCUUCUCAAUUCAACCCAUAGAGACCUUGAUACCCAUCCUCCUCUCUUCCUUGAACAGAAGUGGCAUCUCCACUGCUGGCUUCCACUACGAUAACAUCACAGAGCACAACCUGAAAUCGCAUCCUAUCCAGAUCAGCGUCGUUACAGUUGACAGAAGGAAGAUGUAUCUACGUGGAAGCAUAAAGGUGUCAAGGACACCAGGCUUGAAGCUGAAGACCGUUGAAUUUGUAAAGACAAAAGGUGAUCCACUGGAAUGGAGACGGUUCUUUAAGCAGAUCACGGUGCAGAGCAGAGAAGCUGUCUACAUAGAUCAAUGA